GCGCCUUUUCUGUGUCGUCGCUACCCUCAUCGCAGUGGCAGCUUGGGAGGCCAAUAGGAAGCCGCCUCUGUGGCGAGAGCUACUGGGUGGGCCAAGGAUAGCCAAUGAGAUGUGGGAAUGGGCGUGGCCUGCUCAACCUGGGGCCAAUCGAAAGUGUGAGGAGGUGAAGCUCGAAGGGGUGCUGCUGCCAGUAUAUGGUUGAAAGGGGUGGAGCUAGGCGACGGUGCAGCCAAUGGGGAGUGGCAGUGGGCGUGUCCGGAUGGCCCCUGGCGCCAGCGCUGGGGAGCCCCGUGCUCUCAGUGCCGUUUCCGCCAGGCCCGUGGAAGAGGCGCAGCCAGUGGUGCUGAGGGGGAGGGGCCGAGGCUGCUGCCGCCGCAGAGGGUCUCGGUCCCGUCUGCUGCCAGGAAACGCCGUGGCGCCGAGCCGGGCCUAGUGGUGCGCGGGGGCCCGGGCAUCGGGCCGGCCAGGUUUCUCCAUGUCCGUGACAUGCUGGCCGAGGCUCUGCGGCUCCUCCCCACCCUUGGAGCGGCCAGUCGCUACCUUUUGGACUCCGUGAUCCCUGACGGACGUCAUGAGCAUUGCAAUCCCUCUGGGAGUCACCACACCAGAUACAUCCUACUCAGAUAUGGCUGCAGGAUCCGACCCAGAGUCCGUGGAAGCUAGUCCAGCUGUCGAUGAGAAGAAUGUUUACUCCAGUCAUGGCUAUGAGGCCACCCAGAGGCACAGCUAUCGAGGGCUGCCUUAUGCAGAUCAUAAUUACGGAGCUCCUCCUCCUCCAACCCCUCCAGCAUCUCCCCCAGUUCAGACUAUCAUUCCUCGGGCCGAACUGAAUGGCUUGCACUCACCUGACGAGGAGAACUCUGGGGACAGUGAGAGCUCCUCAGAGGGAGAGUCCAUUCCCAGCUGGUGUCACUGUACUCUCUCUCAAGAUGGCUUCCUCAUCAAGUGUGACAAAUGCAGGGGAAUGAGCAGGGGGAAAGUGAUCAGACUUCGCCGCCGGAAGCAGGACAAUGUGUCAGGUGGAGACAGUAGUGCAACCGAGAGUUGGGAUGAGGAACUCUCCCCCUCCACAGUAUUGUACACAGCUACGCAGCACACACCCACAAGCAUCACUCUCACUGUUAAUCGGGUCCGUAGAAACAAACCUAAGAAGAGGAAGAGGAGUAUGGAGAAAGCUCGCACUGCACCAAAGGCCAAGAAGAUCAAGGCCUUUCGAGAAGGUUCACGGAAAUCUCUGCGGAUGAAGAAUUCUCCUUCUGAAGCACAUGCCCUGGAUGAGAACACAGCUGAGGGUUGGGAGAACCGGAUACGGCUCUGGACAGAUCAGUAUGAAGAAGCCUUUACUAACCAGUAUAGUGCUGAUGUACAGAAUCUCCUGGAACGGCAUCUAAGUGCCAAUAAAGAAUUUGUGGGCAAAACUGCUGUGCUGGACACAAUCAACAAGACAGAGUUGGCCUGCAAUAAUACAGUUAUUGGGUCCCAGAUGCAGUUGCAACUGGGAAGAGUGACUCGGGUUCAGAAGCACCGGAAGAUCUUGAGGGCAGCAAGAGACUUGGCAUUAGAUACCCUUAUAAUUGAAUAUCGAGGAAAAGUUAUGUUACGGCAGCAAUUUGAGGUCAAUGGGCAUUUCUUCAAAAAGCCAUACCCCUUUGUGCUGUUCUACUCUAAGUUCAACGGUGUUGAGAUGUGUGUGGAUGCCCGCACCUUUGGCAACGACGCCAGGUUCAUCAGGCGUUCCUGUACACCGAAUGCAGAGGUCCGUCAUGUGAUUGCUGAUGGGAUGAUCCACCUGUGUAUCUAUGCACUCACCACCAUUGCCAAGGACACAGAGGUCACCAUUGCCUUUGACUAUGAGUACAGCAUCUGCAACUAUAAAGUGGACUGUGCAUGUCACAAGGGGAACAGGAAUUGCCCUGUACAGAAACGGAACCCAAAUGCUGCAGAACACCUACCUCCACCUGUUCUAGGCACACUGAUGAUUGGGGCAGAAACAAGGCGUCGGAAAGCCCGUAGGAAGGAACUAGAACUGGAACAGCAGGGCAUUGCAUCAGAUGAGAACAGCAACCAGCAGGCAGAGGUGGUUCCAGAGGGACCUGCUGUAGCCAGUGACAAUGAGGCUGCAGAUAAAGAAGAGAAGCAAGAGGAGGGGGAAAGAGAGGAGGCUGUGGAUGAGCAGGCCCUGGCUCACAGCAGACGGUCCCGGGAGGAGAGGAAGGUAGAAGCCAUCAUGCACAUGUUUGAAAACUUGGAGAAGAGAAAGAGAAGACGAGAGCAGCCAUCAGAUCGGAGCAGCACAGAUGCUGAAUUCAUCAUUAACCCUGAGGCUUCUGAGUUGGAGGAGGUGAAAAUGGAGACUCCUGAAACUGAAGACAGCAGUUCAGCUUUAAGUGGGGCUGCUCCAAGCACUCCUAACAGCAUCAGCAAUGUUGGGGUGAACACGCGGAGGUCCACACAGACAGUAGAUGCAAUUUCAGAAAAGACGAUCACUAAACCAGCUCAAGCCAAACCCUCCAGGCCCCGACCCAAAAGCCGUUUUUCUCGAUAUCGGACCAGUUCAGCACAAAGGUUGAGACGGCAGAAGCAGGCCGUUUCCCAGCAGACCGAGCUCUCCCAGGCUGUCCCAGAGGAGGGAAGCAGCAUCAGCUCAGUAACUGCCGCAGAUGUCAGCAGCAUAGAGGGUCCAGGAGAAAGUAGACAAUUGAUGGGGUCUGACCCAGCUGUGGUGCUGGCUGCAGGAUCCCAGUCUAACCGAGCCAUAGUAAAGUACCCCAAAACUAAAAAGUAUCUAGUUACAGAAUGGCUGAAUGACAAGGCAGAAAAGCAGGAAUGCCCCAUUGAGUGUCCUUUACGUAUUACCACAGACCCCACUGUUUUGGCAACAACCCUCAACAUGUUGCCAGGUCUUAUCCACUCCCCACUGAUUUGUACCACACCCAAACACUACAUCCGCUUUGGCUCGCCUUUCAUCCCUGAGAGACGUCGAAGGCCUCUUCAGCUGGAUGGGAUAUACAGCUCCUGUAAAAAGCGUUGGAUGAAACAAGCCCUGGAAGAAGGGAUGACUCAGACCUCAUCUACUCCACAAGAGAACAGAACUCAAUGUCUAUACCAAAGUAACCAGAGCAGCAGCUCUUCUAGCAUCUGCAAGGACAAUGCAGACUUGCUGAGCCCCCUGAAGAAGUGGAAAUCUCGCUACCUGAUGGAACAGAAUGUUACCAAGUUACUGAGGCCACUAUCUCCCGUCACACCUCCACCUCCUGGCUCGAUGAGCCCGCAACUCACCACACCCUGCUCAUCUCUGCCAGGAGAGGAGGAAAGUCGCAAUGGUUAUGGCAUGAUGUUCUCACCAAUUCCUUCUCUGGCUGCUAGUCGCUGCAAUACUCCACUACAGUUUGAGAACGUAUCCUCCCCUGAGAGUUCCCCUGCGCAUAGGCCCGAGUCCCUGUCACCCGAGCUCUGCCUUCGAACAGACUUGGAUUUGGCAAAGGUGGGCUACCUGGAUUCCAGUGCUAACACCUGUCCAGAGAGGCCAUCGCUGCUGAGCUCGGUCCACCCUGAUCUGGCUCCACAGUCCUCCAUUCACUUCACUUCUGAGACCAACUUCCCAGGAAAGAGUGGGGAGGCACAGCUGCUGCUAAGAAGCUCCGAUCAGGCUUUUCGGACAGAGUUUAAUUUAAUGUAUGCCUUCUCCCCUUUGAACGCUAUGCCCCGUGUAGAUGGAUUGUUGCGGGCUUCCCCUCAGGUGGGAGACAGGAAGCCCCUGAGUUCAGAAGGGGGAUGUUGCAGCUCUCCUGCAGAUGGAUACUUCAGCAGACAUGAGCCGGGACUUCUUAAAGAGACAUUGCAUGGAUCCAUGUCUCCAGGUGGUGAGCGGGUUUGUGAAGGAGUCAAAUCUGCUCCCCAAAACCCACCACAAAGGAAAAAGGUUUCUCUGCUGGAGUACCGCAAGCGAAAACAGGAAGCCAAGGAGGGAAGUGAUUCAGUGCGAUGCACAGUGACUGCUACCCGACAAGGCAGCAACAGCUCUGUGACUGACACAGAUGCCAGCAAUGUGCAGGGCUCAGUAUUCCGAGCCCCAUCCUCCCCACAAAGUGGCUUCUCUCCCUCACAUCCCCCCCUGCCUCACAUAGAGGAGAUCAGCCCAUCAGACCUGAGAGUGGCUAGUUCCUUGACCUCACACUGCAAAUCCCAGGAGAACAUCAGCAGUAGGUGGAUGGUCCCCACAUCUGUGGAGCGGCUUCGAGAGGGCCGUGGUAUUCUUGAGAAGGUUCUGCGCAGUGGUGCAAAGAUAUCCCAGAGAGGAGAGCCCUCACCAACAAGUGACAGCACUGCUGAGAGAGAUCCAGGUACUGCUGAGGGAGACACCCCAGAAGGUCUCAGUUCUGCACUCAAAGGACCAGCAGUUUACAGCCCUUCUAGAUAUAGCUACCAGGCUGACAGCCCCCGAGCAGAGUCCCAGGUCCUCCUUCAGCAGAGUUCCUCCCCCUACAGAGGACACUCUACUCCACCUCUUGGAUACAGUUACCGAGCAGCUCCACCAAGAACAGGACACAACCCCGCUCAGGGCUCGUCGGGAGCUUCCAUUUCGUCCACCUCCUAUUCCAGCCCUGCCCAUUCAGUUUCCACGGACUCCCCAGCUCUGUUUGCAGGGAAUUCUGGGUAUUACAGCAGCCAGCAGCACUCUGGAAGUAGCAUUAAUAGCAACCUUCUGAAGAAGAGUCACUCUACUGCUGCCAGUCCAGCACAGCAGGUUGCUGCAGACUCAGUAUCCUUGGGGUCGGUUUCUCAGCCUUGCACAGGAGCAUCAGGUUUCAGCUCUGUUCCCCAUAGUUCCAGAUCAUUGCAGUCAGACUUGCGGACUAUCAGCCUGCCUAAUUCUGGGCAGCCUGCUCUCCACCAGAGCUCCAGAGGGCCAGGGGUUUCCAGUUCACAGCACUAUCCACACCAUGUGGGAGGCAGUGUCCAUCAGUAUAGACUGCAGCAGCUUCAAGGUCCAGGAGUAAAGACUCAGACAGGACUUUCCUAGGGAUGCCUGGAUUCAAGGAGGACUGAAUUGCCCAUAACUCCUUCCAGCUGCCUCUGGAAGUGGCUUCUGGGCCAAUGCUGGGAGCUUGCACCUGAUGCUGGGGGCCCAGGGGGUCAGAUGCUGGAGUCUGGAGUAAAUGAGUGAGAUUUAUGAGCAGAGGCAGCCUCUGCCAUUAGAGGAGGAUGCAAAUUUCUCUGAGGCAGAGACUAGCAAAGCUGGAUACAUUGUAGAAAAGCAAAUGGUUCUAAGUGCAAUGACUGCAAUGCAGCCUCUGUCUCCUGUCCAUGCCCAUAGCUGUAGUCACUUGUGCAGUAAGGACAUCUUUUUAAGUAUGAAAACAAUUUAAAGAAAAUUCUGGGGGAAGUUAAACUCCAAUCCCAAAGCUCUCUUGUAGGUCAGGUUCUCAGUGCAUCUGGGGGGGCUUUCAUCCGUUAUGAUCAUUCCAGUCACAACAGACCAGCACAUGCACCACCUUUGGGCCUGGGCUGUGACCCCCACAACCAGACCCAUUUCCAUUGUGACAGACUCCAAGAACUGGUCAGUUAGCACUGGGACUAGGAGACAGUGAGGGUGAGGGGGGCUCUGUAGGAUAUAACUAAACUGGGGCAGUUCCUGUGACUGUCACUAAUGGGGAUCUGUGAAUGUUUGUCACUAGCUGGGAAACUGAAUUGGGGUCGUAUGCUGCAGUGUAUCAUCAACGGGAAGGUCUCCAUGAACAUAGUCACUGUGUGACAUUGGGGGUUGGGUGUUGAGUAGGGGUGACAUUGUGGCGUCACUGCUAUGGGGGCUGUCCAAAUGAGUCAUGUUCAUACUGGGGUCUGUGCGUGGGCUGUGGAAUGUGUGUCCCAGAGUGCAUGGUUGGUGGGGACUCCAGGCCUUGGUAAGUUGGGUGCCGUAGGUGUAAAGUAUCACACACAGUAAAUGUGAGCCUGGGGGUCACAUGCAUAGAGUGGCGCCAAAGCCAGCCCAAAGGGGGUGUGCCUUCAGUUCAGCCCCAUACAAUUGCCAGCUUCUUUCUCACUUGUUUACUGUAAUAUCAGGCGUGUUUUUAUUUAUCUAAUUUUAUAUUCAGUUAUAACCAUAUUAGGUUAGCUAAUAUACAACAGGUAGAGUCCCUGGUGCUGCAGUGGGCCUUCUCCUUUUUCUCUUGGACGAGAUAAUGCUGUGAGUCUGUCUCCCUGUCUUUCAAAUGCAGAGUCUUCUUCCUUUUUUAGGGCUGUUACAAGUUCUCUACUUCAUAAUUGAAAUCAGGUGUUUGUUCAAGGUAGGGGAGACUUUUAAAAUAUUAAAACAAAGUAACUUUCUCCAACAGUCUGGCUGAGUGUGUGUUGGGGAUGGAACUUGUCACCUGGAACACGGGUGUCUCUGUAUACUGUAUAAAAUAGGUGUAAACUUCACUCAGUUUAGACCUGGGUGUGUAGUCUCCCAUUUCAUGCUGUGUGCAGCAUGGGCAGGCAGGCUCUGCCCUGCCUAGUGGCAGCAGUGGAUUUGGGGUUUGGGAGCAGCAUGCAGAGGUUCCAGCACCUCAGCAUGUGCAGGGUGCAGAAGGGAGGCACCCUAGAAAGCUCUUGGAAAGGUGGGGGCUGCAGCUUCUGACUCUAGUGGGGUUUUUACACCAUGCUGUAACAUUUGAACUUUCACAAGAGAUGUAAUAAUUUUGAUAAUAAAAAUACUUAACUUGAAAA